AUGGCUGAAGGGGACCUACAAGGGGUGAAGGCCAGCGGAGAGAGGACUGAAUGCCGCCAAAGGCCAAAGGUGCCCGCAGGCACCCCGAGCCCCCCGCCCGGCCUGGCAAGUAGCUCCUGGAGCCUCGUGCGCCAAAAGGUGAAGGACCUGGUGGAGCCGCUGGUGACAAAGACCAGAGAAAAUUUGCAGUGGUUCCAGGUCCCCCCGGCCCUCCAGGGCUAUAUGCAGACCUACUAUGAGGACCACCUGAAGGACCUGGGCCCCCGCACCCAGGCCUGGCUCCGAAGCUCCAAGGACAACCUCCUGAACAAGGCCCACAGUCUGUGUCCCCAGCUCCUCUGCGGGGAGGGCGGCCGGGGUUAGCGAGCCCACAGCCGCACAAUAAACCGUUCCUGUCUGUG